UUUAGAUCAUAAAAAAAAAAAAGGAAACAGUGAAAUAUAACUAAUUUACAACGUCCCGAUUCCCAUGGUGCAAUGAGCUAAAAGUCUCUCCAAAUAUAGAAAAGCAACACACAUUUGACAAACAUUAACGAUCCUCCCAUUCCCAUUACAAGAAAAAACCAAAUUCAACAUUCAUUCACAAUGGGUUUGAAAUCGCUCUUCAACCGCAACAAGGACGCGAUCUCCUCCGACACGGCGUCCCGAUCGACGUCUUUAUCCGUGCGUUCACGCACGCGUAUGGCGGAUGAGCUGGAGCAGGUGUUCAACAAGUUCGACGUGAACGGCGACGGCAAGAUCUCGGCGUCGGAGCUGGGGUCGAUCAUGGGGAGCCUGGGGCAGCCGGCGACGGAGCUGGAGCUGGACAACAUGAUCCGCGAGGUUGACGGCGACGGCGAUGGCUGCAUCAGCCUCCCGGAGUUCAUCGAGCUCAACACAAAGGGCGUCGACUCCGACGAGGUCCUGGAGAACCUCAAGGACGCCUUCGCCGUCUUCGACAUCGACGGCAACGGCUCCAUCACCGCCGAGGAGCUCAACACCGUCAUGCGCAGCCUCGGCGAGGACUGCUCCCUCGCCGAGUGCCGCAGGAUGAUCAGCGGCGUCGAUGGCGACGGCGACGGCACCAUCGACUUCGAGGAGUUCAGGGUGAUGAUGAUGAUGGGCUCGCGCCAUGACACCACCGAUAGAGUUAAACCUGCUCCAGAAACUUGACUUCCUAGUAAUCUCUUGCUUCCCGUUCGUUAAUUAUAUAUCUGCGUCUUUCUUUUUCUUUUUUCAUUAUAGAAAAAUAUAGUAUCAUUGUAUGCCAAAGUUUAAUGGCAAUUGGUUGAAAAAUACACGUAUUUUUUUUUAGAUUUUAAGCUUCCUUCCUUCCUGGAUCCAUUUUCUGAGGCAGAUUCAGAUUCUUCUUUCCUGUUUGUCCCCCAUUUAUUAUAUUCUUUAUUUGUUGGAUUUA